AAGCCGCAGUGUUGAACGGGCAGUCUUGACAAACGCAAAAUUCUCACGCUUCCUUGAACAUGAAUGCGGCGAACAACUACCUCCGUAUCUCAAAGAUCUCGAGAACCUUCAACGAUGACUCUGCGCAACUCAUCAGAGUCGGGUUUGGAACGGAGAGCCGUACCCUGAUCGAUCCUGAACUAUACGAGAUCGAAAAACCCCAGCCGCAAAAUGGCGACGAAAGCAACCGUCCGGCUGCUUUCAAGCUCGUCAGAAACGCAGGGAAGUCCUAUCACCUAGUUCUGCACUUUGCGGGAUCGUUUUGCUUUCUGAAUGGCACGCUCGCCUAUCGUCUGGUCGGCACAAGUCCUGGUAACCUUCGCAUCGCCACAGACCAGUUCUUGCACGAAGGAGACGGCUACACGGUGCAGGAGUUCGACACGGCAAACAUGGGCUUGGCUAUGAAUACGUUUUCCUCCCAACUACAAGACGGCGAGAUCGACUCCCCUUUCAGAGCUUCUGGAGACUGGAUUUGGGAACUGUACUGCUUCGGCGGACACGAAGCCGUCGGCACUUCGCACCCUGUCCGAAUGGAGCUGUAUUUCUUCCUUGGGAACACAGCCAUGCAUGACGCGAAGAAGGACCACUGUCUGGAGCUCAUCCGCAGAACCAUCCCCCCCUACAGUCUCAUCCAGGGUAAAACAUGGCCCGUCGUGGAGGCAGAUGUGGUCAGACACCUCGCAUGGAACCUCUGGAAUUUGGGUUCCAUCCAUGGUAUAGAGUACGACACAAGCACGAGUGGAGGUGGAUCGACGUAUCUGGUCGACAAGAACGUCUCUAUAUCGAGCUUUCUGGGAGACCACUUCCAUGCUUUUGUCAACCCCUGCAACUGCUGGGAUCUUGCGGCAUUAGUAUGGGCGGGCUGCCUCUCGCUCGGCUGCAGGCCAGGGCCCCACGACCAGAAAGAGAUUCGGAUUUCGGAAACCUUUGUCAUUUCUGGUAGGCCUUGGGGCUAUGUGCCCCACGGCCCGCUCUUCGGUUGGCAAGAGCACGCCUCUCGGCACUGUAACUCUCCCUUCUGGUUCGACUGGGAGUCGUACUCCAACGACGAGGCAAGUCAUAGGUGGGAUGUGCCGUGGGAUGAUGCCGAUCGAACCGGGUUUAGUGCUCACUGCUUUGCCGUGCUCGUACCCGCCAACGGCCACGGGCAGAAAGUUCUCGACAUUUGCCAUGGCACGACCCUCCAGCAGCAACCGGUUUUUAAUUACGCCCUCGAAGUCGGAUGCACCGACCUAGGGGUUUAUCUAGAGAACGCAAGGGAGAUUGGUAGCAUUUACCAAACCAAGCCAGCAGUUUUCCUCCAGAAUGAAGGAGCCGACGGCUGGACAACUGUGGGUUAA